AUGACGAUGACUAUGACGACGACUGACGAUGAGGAUGACGGUGACGAUGAUGAUGACGAUGACGAUGACGGUGACGAUGGUGAUGACGUUGACAAUGACGAUAACUAUGACGAUGACUAUGACGAUGACUAUGACGAUCAGGAUAACGGUGACGAUGAUGAUGAUGAUGAUGAUGGUGAUGAUGACAGUGAUGAUGAUGACGUUGACAGUGACGAUGAUGAUGACGAUGACAUAAAUGAUGAGGAUGAGGAUGACGAUUACGUUGACGAUGGUGAUGACGUUGACCAUGACGAUGACAGUGACGAUGAUGAUGACGAUGACGACAACGGUGAUGAUGACGAUGAUGAUGGUGAUGAUGAUGACGAUGAUGAUGGCAUUGAUGAUGACGAUGAUGAUGACGAUGACGAUGACGGUGACGAUGGCAAUGAAGUUGACAAUGACGAUGACUAUGUUGAUGACUAUGACGAUGAGGAUGACGGUGACGAUGAUGAUUACGAUAAUGAUGACGGUGACGAUGGCGAUGACGUUGACAAUGAUGAUCACUAUGACGAUGAGGAUGACGGUGACGAUGAUGAUGAUGAUGAUGUUGAUGGUGACGAUGACGAUGAUGAUGACGAUGCCAUAAAUGAUGAGAAUGACGAUAACGAUUACGUUGACGAUGGCGAUGACGUUGACAAUGAAGAUGACAGUGACGAUGAUAAUGACAAUGACGACUACGAUGAUGAUGAUGAUGAUGAUGAUGACAUUGAUGAUGACGAUGAUGAUGACGAUGACGAUGACGGUGAGGAUGGCAAUGACUUUGGCCACAACAUUCUUCCGGAAUUAGUAUAA